ACAAUAAUUAUACGGUUCUGUAGCUAUGUGUGUCACUGGAGAGCUUCAGUUGACACAAGAACGAAAAGUGUUCAAAUGAUGCUGCCAGAGGGAUGCAUGACGCAAAAUGUUAGAAACAGUAGAGAGGGUGUCACACUUUGUCACAGCGUCGGUUUUGCAAAACUGAACGUCCCGUCAUAUAUCAUACUAGUUGUUGCGUGUGCUAUGAGGCAUUUUGCAACUCUCUAUUGCAAUUGUUUUGCAACUCUGGCCCAAUGAUAGUAUGACAUAUCUAUCUUCGUGCAGUGUUCGGCUAGGUUCCCAUCAGGCACUGUCGUAAUAUCUUCCGGUCAACGUUUGAGGGUCUCAAUAAAAUGAUAAAGACUCAGAGUGCUUUCUGAUCUGAUUGAUAAAGGGCCCAUUUCCUGCUUGCGUUGAUUUUAUCUAUAGGAAGUUCUGAUAAACCAUGGACGGGAGGACCAGGACGCCAGUCAUCAUCGACACGGACCCCGGCGUGGACGACACUCUAGCUAUCCUAUUUGCUAUCGCAUCCCCCGAACUUGAAAUCAUCGCAUAUAUCGUUUCAUUCGGGAAUACCGAUGUUCACGCUGCUUAUGAUAAUAUCUACAGGCUCUAUCAGGCGAUAGGGCGCCACAUUGCGCUGCAUCCUGAAGAUGCAGCGAGGUUUCCAAAUUUCUCGCCUACGGUCCCGCCCCUCCUUGCAGUUGGACCAGAAGGACCUUUAGAAGGUGGACGGCACUUUGCCCAAUACUUCCACGGCCGUGAUGGCUUAUCGAAUAUAAGCGAACGCCACCCUGACUUGAAUGUCGACCUCGAAAAUUCAUCUUUCUGCGACAACUUCCAACCAGUGAAAGAAUCAGGCGUCGAGGUUGCCUUGCGUUUACUAGAGUCGCGCCCCGACAGAAGCAUCACAUAUGUGGUUCUGGGCCCUAUGACCAACCUGGCACAACUUGUGCGCGAACAUCGUCAAACAGUUGUGGAUAAAAUUGGUCGAGUCAUUUGUAUGGCAGGAGCCUUAGAUGUUCCCGGAAACACUACUUCAGUCGCGGAAUUCAAUGUUUAUGCCGAUCCUUAUGCGGCAAGAGAACUUUUGAUACCCACAGAUAUCACCAGCGGUCUCCCGCUUGACAGAGUGAUAAUCGCUCCCUUGGAUAUCACUAGUAACCACGAACUCCCCUUCCCUCACUAUUGCCAGAAGGUAGACCCUGCGUUUAAGUCUACAGCCCAACCAUCGAACGCAGAUGGUAAAUCACCGCUUGUCCACUUCACCAGCUCUGUCUUCGAACGCACGAGGGAAAUCAUGCUCGAGUGGGGAAAGGACGCUAUGGAGUUGCACGAUAUUGUUGCCAUCUGGUGCGCCAUCGAGAACCCACCUGAAAUCAAUCCAGUUCGCGGUCUUCCUGGAAUGUCAACUGGAUGGGUUGUAGCUCAGCGGACAUUCGAUAUCGAACGGACCGGAGAGAUUACUCGUGGCAUGUUUGUCACUGACCGAAGAGAGGAGACUACUACAUAUGCACCAGGUGCCAAUCGGGCAGAGGUUCAGGCUCAGCUAGACCUGCGUCAUCUCGGGCACGGGCUCCUGGAGUCUACCGCGCUGCCUGCGAGAGUAAACAUAGAAGACCCGACAUUGUUAGCGGGAGGUCAAGGUGAGGUUGGACUCGAGCAGAAAGAACGGAAAGGCGUAGCAUGCCUCGUAGAAACACCAGGGCCAAGUGUUCUCCUUCAACUAUUGACACGUAGGGUCUGGGGCAUCCAAUGAUUUUCAUCUACAAAUGUAAAUCGAUACAUCCUACGAACAGAAACUCUGAUCAUCACGAUUGUACCAUCUACAUACACAUCAAACAAAUUAUUAGGGGCUGUAAUUCGAUUCGUCGGGAGCAGAACUCUAGGUAUGAGGGCAAUCAUAUAAGACUGGUGCAGGUAGUGUUCUUCUGUCGGACAACGACAUAAGUCCAAGG